UCUCCUGCCUCAGCCUCUCCGAGUAGCUGGGACUACAGGUGCCCGCCACCACGCCCGGCUAACUUUUUGUAUUUUUAGUAGAGACGGGGUUUCACCGUGGUCUCGAUCUCCUGAUCUCGUGAUCCGCCCGCCUCGGCCUCCCAAAGUGCUGGGAUUACAAGCGUGAGCCACCGCGCCCAGCCUACUAAUCCUGUUUUUAACUCUCAUUCAUGUUGUAGCAUGUAUCAGUACUUUACUCCAUUUUAUGGCUGAAUAAUAUAUCGAUUUUUUAAAAUUAUGUGGGUGGGAAGUUAUAUUAGCUAUGCAUUUCAUUUCAGGAUAGUAAAUAAGGUGUUAACAAAAUAUUUGUCAUAUAAAAGAACAUUGGAUCAGAGCCACUGAUCUAGCUGGAAAGACAAGUGUAUAUAAAAAGGCAAUUAACAACCCAAACAAAAACAUUAUGUAAUCAGGAGAUAGUUAAACUUUCUGGAACAGAGAAUGACAGGUAAGGAUUAGGCAGAGAUUAAAUCUGAGUGAUCGAUCCUAUUCAGUUAAUGGGUUGGCAAGUCCCGGAAUGAGAUACAGCCAUCUAAAAAUUAAACUGCCAAAUUUAGAGGCUGCUACCCCAUCACCAGUAAUCUCUGCGAGCAAUCUUUCUUUCCAGUAGGCUCUGCAGUGAUGAAGGGGAUCAGGGGAAGCUAAGUGACCCUACUGGAACCAAACGGAUAUUUCCAUGGAGGUAUCCUAAGGGGAUGGGUUUUGUAGAGCAAAGCUGUAAGCUGCCAACUCUGACCCGUGGGGAAGCCUUGCCUCCAGGUUCCCCAUGGUGGUUUUGCACAGGCUAUUUAGGCACAUCUCGGCCGCCGUGGCGGGGCCCGGCUCAGCUGUUGCGGGGCGGGGCCUUCGCAGAGCAUGGCGGCGGGCGAGCUUGAGGGUGGCAAGUCCCUGAGCGGGCUGCUGAAUGCGCUGGCCCAGGACACUUUCCACGGGUACCCCGGCAUCACAGAGGAGCUGCUACGGAGCCAGCUGUAUCCAGAGGUGCCACCCGAGGAGUUCCGCCCCUUUCUGGCAAAGAUGAGGGGGAUUCUUAAGUCUGUUGCGUCUGCAGACAUGGAUUUCAACCAGCUGGAGGCAUUCUUGACUGCUCAAACCAAAAAGCAAGGUGGGAUCUCAUCUGACCAAGCUGCUGUCAUUUCCAAAUUCUGGAAGAGCCACAAGACAAAAAUCCGUGACAGCCUCAUGAACCAGAGCCGCUGGAAUAGCGGGCUUCGGGGCCUGAGCUGGAGAGUUGAUGGCAAGUCUCAGUCAAGGCACUCAGCUCAAAUACACACGCCUGUUGCCAUUAUAGAGCUGGAAUUAGGCAAAUAUGGACAGGAAUCUGAAUUUCUGUGUUUGGAAUUUGAUGAGGUCAAAGUCAACCAAAUUCUGAAGACGCUGUCAGAGGUAGAAGAAAGUAUCAGCACACUGAUCAGCCAACCUAACUGAAGAUGAUGUAUGAAGGAGUUGGAGUUGUUGAAACCAAGGUGUUCAUGAUCCCUCCCCGCUGAUCUUUUUUAAAAAAAUUCUUGUGCCUGCAUUGGUAUUAAAUCCUCGCAUUCAAUCUUCCCA